AUGUCUUCUUUGACUAAACUUUUGCAGGAGAAACGAAAAAAUGAGCGUGGCGAUGGCAAGAGUAAAGAUAACCGUCCUCCGGCUAUUAGUAUACCACUAGAGGGCGGGCUUGAUCGUAAUGCUACAGCCCACAAUUCUACAACUAGUAUCACUACGGUAACUCAGAUUGACUCUGAUGGGUCUCCAACACUUGGCUCAUCGUUUGGAGGCCAUGGUCAUUUUCCCUCGAGCUUUUUGAAUGUGAACUCUGCUCACACGGCCACUAUGUAUGGUUCGAGCGUGCAAGGAAGAGAGCGAAGCGGGUCGAUGUAUAUCGACACCACUGUCGUAUCAGGUACUUCCUAUAGCUCAUCGUAUGGUAACGCUGCAAGAUCAAUGCGAAUGGCAACCCCUAGCAGCUCUCACCAGGGAGGCACCAAACAUGUCGCAUCUUUGUCCUCAAGCAUCCCGUAUGCGGUGCCCAACUCCAAUAAGAAUAGUGGCCUGGGUUCAGGCAGUAAUAACUCGUCGUUUGGCUCAUCGUGGACUGAAAACUUUGGUAAUUCGAUGCCCAGCAAUAUCUCAGCCAUUGACAGCAACGUCAUCUCAUCUCCGAAAGUGGACUCUGUGGAACCGCGAUUUGUUAUCUCCAAGCAGAAAUUCCAGAAAUCUUCGAUGGAUAACGCAGCACAGGCAAGUUCUCUUUCAAGGAAUAACUCCCUAUCAUCUCAAUUUGGCAGCUUGUUCUUUUCCAAAGGCGCAAAGGACACUCAGACCAGCACAAAUGCUACCUUUACUCCGUCAGCAAAUGUGAAGACGGCAUCCUCCUCAUCUAUUGCGGCUGCCACCGCGAUUCCCAAGCCUGGUAGGGCAAGGCAGAGCAGCAUAUAUAGCUCUUCGAGACAACCUUCAAGUUCGUUCACUGAUAGCUAUCUGGAUUCUGCUUCAGUGUGUCAUGAGACUCAACCCAGUCAAAGCGCUCCAAGGUCUCGCCAUGCCUCUGUUGCUAACUUGAAAAGCUUCUUCAAAAAAGGCUCAAGCACCAACAUUGCUGGAUCCGUGGGUACCUAUGGGUCGCCUGGUGCUCCUCCGAUGGCUGUUCCCUACUCUUCUCGAGGUUCUGCCAAUUCAGCGUUUGCCCCCAGCUCCUAUGGUAGCAAUAAUGGGGACACUAUCUAUUCGCACACUAAUGACACAAGCCUACCGUUUGCUAAAAGAUUCAUGAGAACAGGAGAGGAUUUGGGUGCUGGUGCAGGUGGGGCAGUCAAACUUGUAAGGAGGAUCGCGGAUAACAAGGUCUUCGCCGUGAAGGAGUUCAGAGCUAAGUUUGAUUCUGAAACUAAACGUGAUUAUGUCAAGAAGAUAACAUCUGAGUAUUGUAUUGGGUCUACUCUACGUCACCAGAACAUCAUCGAAACCAUUGAAAUCGUUUAUGAUAACAAUAGAAUCUUGCAAGUUAUGGAAUACUGCGAGUAUGAUCUCUUCGCCAUCGUGAUGAGUAAUAAAAUGUCCUACGAAGAGACCUGCUGCUGUUUCAAACAAAUCCUAAGUGGUGUUGAAUAUCUACAUGGGCUGGGAUUAGCACACAGAGAUUUGAAAUUAGACAACUGUGUCAUUAACGAAAAGGGAAUCGUGAAGUUGAUCGACUUCGGGGCAGCUGUGGUCUUCUCGUAUCCAUUCUCCAAGACUUUAGUCGAGGCUAGCGGUAUUGUUGGAAGCGAUCCUUAUCUAGCUCCCGAGGUCUGCAUAUUCUCGAAAUACGAUCCCCGUCCAGUCGACAUAUGGUCAGUGGCCAUUAUCUUCGCGUGUAUGAUACUCAAGAAGUUUCCGUGGAAAAUACCUAAGCUCAGAGAUAACUCUUUCAAAUUGUUCUGUUCUGGCCGUGAUUGUGAUUCGCUAAGCGCAUUAGUGACACGAACUCCUGACCCGCCAUCCUAUGAUCACUCGGAAACCUCUUCAACCGGCAAUAACAGCCCGGAGAAGAAGCAAACUAACAAUCCAGCAGAUCCUAGUAAUCCAAACAUUGGUCCGCAGAGGUUGUAUCACUCCUUACCUGAAGAAUGUCAACAUAUCAUCUCGCGUAUGGUCGACUUGGCGCCUGCUUGCAGAGCAAGCAUCGAAGAAGUGAUGGAAGAUCCUUGGGUUUCUGGGAUCGAUGCUUGUCAUAUGGAGGAAUCAGGAUUGGCCUUCAAAGUUGUGAGUGGGACCGACCACACUCACACAAAAGUUGACCAAAGUGAAGCACACAUUGCUGGUCUGGAGAGGAAGAAGAAAAAGCAAGGCAAGCUGGCUCCCAGCAGCUCUUAG